AUGGAGAACUACCAGAAGAUCGAAAAAAUCGGCGAAGGAACCUACGGUGUUGUCUACAAGGCCCGCGAACUCAACCAUCCGAACCGAAUUGUCGCCCUCAAAAAGAUCAGACUGGAGGCCGAAGAUGAGGGUGUUCCCAGCACGGCGAUCCGCGAGAUCUCCCUCCUCAAGGAAAUGCAGGAUCCCAACAUCGUCCAGCUGUUCAACAUCGUUCACGCCGAUGGCCACAAACUAUACCUCGUCUUCGAGUACCUGGACCUCGAUCUGAAGAAAUACAUGGAGGCCCUGCCGGUCAGUGAAGGUGGUCGGGGGAAGGCACUCCCGGACGGCUCAAUGAUGGGUGCAAACCUGGGUCUGGGCGAUGCCAUGGUCAAGAAGUUUAUGGCCCAGCUGUUAGAGGGCAUUCGCUAUUGUCACAGCCACCGUAUUCUGCACCGCGAUCUGAAACCCCAGAACUUGCUGAUCAACCGUGACGGGAACCUGAAGCUUGCUGAUUUUGGGCUGGCAAGAGCGUUUGGUGUGCCUUUGCGGACUUAUACUCACGAGGUCGUGACGCUGUGGUACCGCUCUCCAGAAAUUCUCCUGGGUGGCCGCCAGUACUCCACGGGCGUGGACAUGUGGUCCGUCGGAGCCAUCUUUGCAGAGAUGUGCACCCGCAAGCCGCUGUUCCCCGGGGACUCUGAAAUUGACGAAAUUUUCAAGAUCUUCCGUGUCCUCGGCACCCCUGACGAAGAUAGUUGGCCCGGUGUGACCUCCUUCCCAGACUUCAAGGCCACCUUCCCCAAGUGGAAGCGCCCGGACGCAGUCCUGGUCCCAGGUCUCGAAGAAGCCGGUGGUCAACUACUGGAAGCCCUUCUCGAAUUCGAUCCCGCGCACCGGCUAUCGGCCAAGCAGGCCUGCAUGCAUCCUUACUUCCGGAAUGGCAGCUCGUACUACUCGGGACGGACCACCACGCGGAACGGAUAUCACUGA